GCAAAUACUUCAAAAUUCACCCAUUGGACAUGAAAGAAUUUACUGGAAAAUAAGUGGAAAGACAGAGGGGGAAAUCAGCUGCCAGAGCUCAGAAAGUGUCUGAAGUCCGUCGGAAGAAAAAAAGGAUUUAUCUCUGGCGUUCAGAACUCAGAGUGAUAAUGGCUGGCGUUCUCCACAAGCUCGCAGCAUGUAUCCCCUGCGUGUGGAUCUUCCUCAUGCUUUUCGACCCCAGCUUGCAAACCGGAGCUGUAACAGGUCACAGAGAACCUAUUCCCGAUGACAGCAAAGACAACAUCACCAUCUUUACCCGGAUCUUGGACCGCUUGCUGGAUGGUUACGACAACAGAUUGCGUCCUGGACUAGGAGAAAGUGUGACUGAGGUGAGGACAAACAUCUAUGUGACAAGCUUCGGGCCAGUAUCAGACACCGAUAUGGAAUACACGAUUGAUGUGUUCUUUCGGCAAAGUUGGCGGGAUGAGAGGCUGAAAUUUGAUGGGCCUAUGCAGGUUCUUCCACUUAACAACUUGCUCGCCAGCAAGAUCUGGACUCCGGAUACUUUCUUCCACAAUGGCAAGAAAUCAGUAGCCCACAAUAUGACUACACCCAAUAAACUCCUGCGGCUGGUAGACAACGGAACUCUUCUCUACACAAUGAGAUUAACCAUCCAUGCUGAGUGUCCUAUGCAUCUGGAGGAUUUUCCUAUGGAUGCCCAUGCCUGCCCUCUGAAGUUCGGAAGCUAUGCCUACACCAACAACGAGGUUGUCUACAUCUGGACAGCAGAUGAUGAGAAAUCUGUUUCUGUGGCUCCUGAUGGCUCUAGACUCAACCAGUAUGACCUGUUGGGCCAUGUCAUUGGCAAAGAGACCAUCAGCUCCAGUACAGGAGAAUAUGUGGUGAUGACAACGUAUUUCCAUUUGAAACGGAAAAUUGGCUAUUUCGUGAUCCAGACGUAUCUCCCCUGCAUAAUGACCGUCAUUCUGUCUCAGGUCUCCUUCUGGUUGAACCGGGAGUCCGUUCCAGCACGUACCGUCUUUGGUGUCACAACAGUCCUGACCAUGACGACACUGAGCAUAAGUGCCCGGAACUCACUUCCCAAGGUGGCCUAUGCAACAGCUAUGGACUGGUUUAUGGCAGUUUGCUAUGCUUUUGUCUUCUCUGCUCUCAUUGAGUUUGCCACUGUCAACUACUUCACAAAGCGCAGCUGGGCCUGGGAUGGUCAGAAGGAGGCCCAGGAGAUGCGGAGGCGAGAGUCGGCUUCCUUCUCCAAGAAGACCAACAACACUUUCAACAUCGUGGGAACCACCUACAGCAUGAGCGUAGCCAAAGAUCCCGGAUUGACAACCGUCUCCAAGAGCGCCACAUCCACCUCCACCCCAUCCCAGCCGGUCCGAGAGAUCCGGCUGCCCAAAAUGGAUGGUGAAUACAUACCGGAGGGUGUAAGAAAGUCAUACAAUCGCGUCAGCAAAGUGGACAAGAUCUCUCGUAUCAUCUUUCCAGUGCUCUUCUUCAUCUUCAACCUGGCUUACUGGGCCACUUACGUCAACAGAAAGCCGACCAUCACCCGGUCCAGCCCACAGAAAUGAACAUGGAAAACGAAAACAAAUAAAUAAACUGCCAGUCCAGUCUUAAUCAGCAACAUGAUGCUACUGCUACUGUGUUCAUUUUAAUUUUUUAAGCAACCAUGUAGAUACACAAUUCUAGUUAGUAGUUUGUUUGUUUGUUUUCAAAUUUGUAUGUGCCAUUUCAUGUGUUGCAUGAGUAAAGUAUGACAGUAUUGCUGGUCUUGUAUGGAUGGCCAUUAUUUACCCACUAAACCCCUCCCCCACUCCACACACUGUGUAUCAUCAGAAGAAAAACAUCAGUCACCAUUGGCUUUCAGUCGCCAUUGGCGAGAACCUGUAGCCUUUCAGCAGCCAGUAGCGAUGUCCGUAGGCGCAUCAUUACUAACUGUCUGUUCUUUGACUCUUUGCAAUCCCAGAGUAUUAUAUCAGUAGUGUCAUCUAGAUAUGUGUUUACAUCCCCAUGGGUCUAUCAGUGAAUUUUUCGUCCAGUGACUCUUAUUGUUUAAACAGCCUGAGCAGGCUCCAAGAUAAAGAAACUGUGUGCCUUUUUAAUCACUCGCUGUAGAGAUGAAUAGUUUGGCACAUGCUGACAUUGUCUUCAAGCUUUACGCCUGCCUAAAGAAAACGUCAGUGUUGAUUGAACUCUCACGGGAUGGUAUUAAACUCAGAGCUGUCCUGCAUGCGAGUUGAUUUAGUGCUGACGGCCGACUGUAAGGCACUGGGCCAGACAACGAUUCUUUGUUUGAGGCCAGUAUGAGCAGUGAGGAUCAGGACCCUCAUCUGAGGAUCUGAAAUGCUAUGAAACAUUUAGAUUUGGGCCAGUGCCACACAGGAGGAACAUGCAUUUCCAUUACCUCACGCUGAAGUGUUGGUGGUUUUAGUAGAUCAUUGAUUGUUUUAUUUUUGUUUGGUUUUUUUGUUUGUUUGUUUUUUUGUGCGUGUGUGUGUGCGCGUUUUUUGUGACAAAUGAGGACAUAAAUUUGUAUAAUGACAAGGGUAUGACAUAGGCAUUACAAGGAGAAGGUGACUUUUCAGGACAUUACCCCAUGUCCCCACUUUUCAAAACGCUUAUAAAUCACACAGAAUGGAGUGUAUUGAAAAUCUGAAAUAGCAGAAAGUCUCCUGUAAGGGGUAGGGUUAGGUGUAGGGUUGGUGUAGGGCAAUAGCACAUACAGUUUGUACAGUAUACAAACCAUUACGCCUAUGGGAUGUCCCCACUUUUCACAAAAACAAAUGUGAGUGUGUGUGUUUUGAACAAUACAGUAUUCAUGUUUGUGAAUGCACUAUUUUUUAUUAAUAAUGAUAUUUUGGCAAUUGCAAGCCAGUUUCAUAGUAUCCUGUCUGUAAAAUGUCAUGCAAAAUAUAGUUGUAGUUUUUACGCCUUGUUAAUUUAAGCAUAUAUUUAAGAUAAUAUGAUAACAUGAACUCAACAUGGAAGUAUGCAUAUUUGUAUACUGUUAUUUCUGUUGUUCCCUUAUAAUUUUAUUUCUUUCUCAUAGUGUUCAAUUUUAUUAUGCAUCUUGUUUUGGAAAAACAAUCUUUUUGCAUUCACUUAGAAAGUGCCAGGUUUACAUGUGAAUUUAAAUAGAGACAUUUUUGUAGAUAAACUAAAACGUUGCGUAAAGUAUGUACUUAUGUGACAGCAAGCUAUAUUAAGCAAAAAAACAUUACCUUUGCCAUUUUAUUCAAUUCAUUACAUGAACAGUUUUUUUUAUUUAUUUUUUUUUUAACAAUUGCUAGGACUGAAUUCUCAUUACUUAGGUCACUUUUUCUACACUCUUCACACAAUUCUCCUAACCAGCUUUCCGCCUGUUACAUUAGCAAUUUUCACAUCAAAAAUGCAGUAAAAAUACCAAAACGCAUCAUGCACGUCUCAAAUCAUUUAAUUUUCCCAUAACUCUUUCAAAGGUUGUCAUCCAACCAAUAUACUUUGUCACUCAUUUUAAAAAUACAAUGUUUUCCAUGUUUAUGUCACGUUACGCUGCCGGAAGGAACACGGAGCCAUGGAUAAUCGAAAUCGUCUUUAAUUCAGACCAACACAGAGGGUAAUAUCCCACAGGGAACAGGAGGAAGACACACGUACAUCACUUGUAGACCCGACAAACACCAACUGAACAGACUGGGGCAUUUAUACACAGGAUAACGAGGGACUAAAGAGACACACCUGGGAUCAAAUUAACAAUUAACAUGAGGGAGAAACUGGGACACAGAACACAUGGGGAGCAAAACACAACAAAAACAGAUCCAUAAUCCUAACAGUUUAUAGUUUUUCAGUAUUGUAUUUUGUGCCAAAGCAAUGAAAAGAAUUAUCCACGUUUUAGCCCACAGACGCUGUUGUGCUCACGGUGUAAAGAGUUAUAAAGAAAAGUAAUCUAAGUAUGGAGAAAUUAGUCCUAGCGGUUGCAUAUUUAUUCAAAAAAAAUAAUAAUAAAUUGUAAUGUGGCUGUUGAUCAGUAGCUUCAGACACAAGAUAUUCAAUUUUUUAAAUUUUAAUCCGUGGAUUUAUUAGUGAAUAAAUAGAUACAACUCAUGUUUAUUUUAAUAUUCGAAAUAAUAAUAAGAUUGUUUUUCUCAUACAUUAGGAUGUGUUAAGAAUAAAUGAAUGCAUGACAAUCUAUCCAUUAGUUACAUCACCACGUAUGCAGUUGUGUUAUCUUUCUGAAGGAGGCUUUAUGUUUUUGUAUCUCAUAAUGGCCCUUCAAAUAGCCAUAUACAGUAUCUGGAGUGCAUAUCCGUAGGCUCCUUACAUCUCAUCUGAGCUAUAGUAGGGCUAGAUCAACUGAUGUUGGUAUUGAUUGUUGACACAAAUAGAACAAAUCAUAAAUGAAACCACAUGUAAGAAGUAUAUUUAUAUAGGAAUUUAAAUCUAUUUAUGCUAACUACAUAUCAGAUGGCAUACAUGAGCUAUGUUUUUUUACAGUACACAGUAUAACCCUUAUAGCAUCAGUACAAAUGUGCAAAAACAACAUUGGGUAUAGCUAACCCAGAUGGCACACGUACAUCUCUAAGACGUUUUAAAGAGUUCUUCAAUUGGAAAACACCUAACCUCUGCUAAAAAGCAGUUUUACAAAUAUUCUAAAUCAUAAACAUCUUAAAUCAACUGUAUAUAAGUUGCACACAGUUGCUUUGAGGACAUGUAAAUGUCUAGAAAUGUAUCACAGAUGAGCAAACAAAAAAAAAAAGAUCUUCCAGCUUAAAAUGUGCACAUUAAAUGAACGUCUCCAUGAUGUAUUCUACGUGUGCUAUCAGGGUAGUGGCAUGAUAGUUUAUUCAAACGUAAGAACAAGUAAAAGUUGUAAUUUUUUUUUUUUUAGAUGUUGUCAGCCUACUUGAAAUAGGAUACUUGGGAAACGUAGUCGUAUUGAUUACCAUAAGCAUUACUUCUGUAAACUUUGUCGGCAUACUUGUCUAAUAUGUGUGACAUCUGGCUUUUCACAUGCAAAUGAAGGAUAAUAUCAGUGAAAUAUUAAUGUUCAAGAGGGUGACAGUAAAAUGUACUGUAGUAAUUGGUAAAGUUAUCAGACUGAAAACUUUCUAAAUGUUGCUGAUUUACUGCUUAAACUAUUGCUUUAAAGCUUGAUUACACAUUUGAAGUCCCCCUUGUGUGUUUUUCAGGUCUAAAAUGUCUGGAUCACGUUGAAUGGUUAGCAUUUUGGCUACUAACACUAGCCUUAUGCUAGCUUUGCUAGAUAUACCACCUUGUGUGCAAUUUUCUAAAUGUUUAAUGUACAAUCUGAUGUACAAUCUGCCAGGCUCUCUGUAUAUACUGUAUUAAAAAGAAAAGAAAAAAAUGAAUCCAGCAAUUUCUGCAUGUCCCAAAGCAUCUGACACAACCUUGUGGUUAGUGGAGCUGGUAGAUGUAAUCUUAUUGAGUUUUCUGGUUUCUUUUCACGAUUGUCUGGGUUUGAUAUGCGACUUGUUCUUUACAAAAUGCCUUAUUCUUGUUAUGGUAUGAGAAACUGCAGUACAAAAGCUCAAGGACAUCGUAGGUAUACAUUUCAGGCUUCUAUUAUUGUAAUAGUAUAAGAUGAACAUUAUCUUCUAAGUACAAUGUUUUUUAUUUUAUUUUUUUUUGGACGACAUCAAUCUUGUUCCUCUUGGUGGUUCGUCACGCUUGUUGUACUCAUGCUACACAUGCUAGAUAUUUUAUGUCGUAUUACACUGUGAUUCAACACCAAGGAUGAUAGAACAAGGACAUAGGGAAUGACUGAAAUCCCACUAAAUCUUGUUAGGGCGACACUUUUUUACUUGUAAUUUUAGUCACUUUGAUCGCAGAAAACUGCUUUCUCUGACAUACUGAUUUGAUGUCCUCUGUAUCAGUGCAUUUUUGAGAUAAACAGUCUUCUACUGUCUCACAGCUACUAAGAUGUGCAUCAUGGAUAUGGAUAUGUUUGCAAUAAAAGUCAUACCGUAACUGUCAGUGCAGAAAAGAAAGUCAAAAUACGUCUGUGCUGUGCUGGAGAACAAGUGAAUUGAUGAAGCUGCCUGCCUCACAACAAACUGCUAUGUUUACGACUAUGUGACUGCCUCAGCCAUGCAACAUGAUUAUAGCCAAAUUAUAAGUUGUGCUAAAUGACCUUUAAAGAAAAGUGUAGGGGGUAAUGAUUUGCCCAUGGAUAAUGCAUAAUGGUGGAUGUAUUUAUAUACAUACAUACAUACAUAUGUACAUAUGUGUGUCGUUUACUUCGAUAUUGAGUUUCUUGCACAAAAAUAUCAAGGGAGCAUUUGUGAUGGGUCAAUUUAAGAAACAAUGUUUUUGCUUUUUUUUUUUUUUUGUAGUUGUUGAAAAGAAAGGUUGUUAUUAUGCCACAUCUUAAUGAAACUGUUCAAAAUUCUACACAAAUAUGUGAACAUGAACACUUCUAGUUGUGCAAGUGUGAUGCAUGUCAUUGCAAUGCAAUCCAUAAUACAAUGCUAGUAUCUGUCAUAUUCUCAACAUUGCCACAAGAGGCGCUAGAUAGUGGGCAUUAAUGUAAACUGUCUUCAAACGUUUUUUUUUUUUUAAUAGCUAGCUGAAUAAUAUCCUGUUUGGUUUAAGCAGAUAGCACCCCCUUUGAGUAUUAGGUUUGUUAUCAUCAAAUAUAACGCAAGAAUGCAUUUACAACAGGACACCUGUAACACACUACUUAAGCAUUUACAUCUGCAUUUACAAAUUUAUGUAAAAUAUGGUUCUAAGGUUUCUUGUGCUCUUUGCUGCCCUUACGACCCUCUUGCUUGCGUGUUUGGUCAGCCUAGCUAGGACAUUCUGAAGCUUAUUCUGUUGGCUGGUUCUGGGAUUGAGACCAAACAAUAAGUAUUACAUAUUAUAUACUGAGAAGAAAGAUUUACAUUUUACUUUAUCAAGCUCCUAAUGAACUUGACACUUACUCUGUAACAUGCAUGUUGCAAUAGAUUUCAAGUGGAACUGUUGUCAAACACAAUUGAAACCCAAGUUUCUUCAGUGAACCCUGGGUAAUUACAUAUAAUUGUGAGGUUAUGUACUUGACUUAAGAUUUAUGUGAGGUAUAUAAAAUGUAUGGACUUUAAUAUUUGCAGUGUCUUAAUGUAUGACCAGCUAGUAUGGAAUAACUGGAAGCUAAUUUUGUUAAAUCUAAAAGGUUUGUUUGGUUAUUUGACCCACGGCCCUCCCUGCCACUGUGUAGCUCUGACCGUCAGAAAUGUUAUUUCUGUUAAAUCUUGAUUUCAAGGUGUUUUGCUCUUAUUUUUGUUGUGAAAGUUUGUUUGUAGAGCUAAUAACAGUAUUCUAGUGUUGUUUUCUAUCUUUAUGUG